AAGAAAAACUCACGUGCUCAAUGUGCUGAUCUAACUACACCUAACUAUUCCCAUUAUAAAAUGAGGCUAAGUUCUCAGCAAUUAGGGCACAAUUUGGUUACUUAGCCAACUCAAAAUUAAGACUUAUUAUUAUGGCAUCUUUCUCUUACAUUGGUUUCUUGGGUCUUAUUUUUAUGAUAUUUGGGUUAAUAAUGGAAGGCACCAAUGGUGCAAUUAUGUCCAAAAAGACCCAAAAUCUUAUCAACAAAAUCAACAAUAAAGGCCCUUAUUUGGGUGUAGUCAUACCAAAUCUCUUUGAGCAAAACCCUCUUCUUAAUUCUCCUGACUACACUCCUAUUGACGUUGUUAUUGAUAUUUCUGGGAGGAGAUUUCGUUUUGGAAAAAUUGGUGACCAAAAAGUGGUUUCAGUCAUGACAGGAUUGGGCAUGAUUAAUGCUGGAAUAACAACUCAACUUUUGUUGAGCUUUUUCAACGUGGAAGGAGUUGUGCACUAUGGUAUAGCUGGAAAUGCAAACCCUUCUCUCAAUAUUGGAGAUGUUGCUAUUCCCCAGUACUGGGCUCACACUGCUCUUUGGAAUUGGCAGAGGUACGGACAAGGGGCUGAGAAUGAGCUAGCAUUGGAAGCAAAUGGAGACUACACAAGAGAAGUUGGGUACUUGAAAUUUGCAGAUUAUGCAGUGAAUGUAAGUAAAGGUGGAGAUAAUGUGUUGAACAAUAUAUGGUACCAACCAGAGGAAGUAUUUCCUAUUGAUGGUACUCCUGAGCAAAGGGAACAUGCCUUUUGGAUCCCUGUUGAUCCUUAUUACUAUUAUGUCGCCAAAUCUCUUCAGAAUCUAGAACUAGAGAAGUGUAUAAACUCAACGACAUGUUUAUCAACAACACCUAAAGUUUACACAGUUGAAAGGGGAACAAGUGCAAGCAUCUACCUAGACAACGCAGCGUACCGCAGCUUCAUUUACGACAAGUUCAAAGUUAGCCCUGUCGACAUGGAGAGCGCUGCGGUCGCUCUCAUCAGUCUCCAACAGAGAGUGCCCUACAUUGCUAUUAGGGCACUCUCUGAUUUAGCCGGUGGUGGCUCUGCUGAUUCUAAUGAAGCUGAUAUCUUUAUCAAUCUCGCCGCUGAUAACUCUAUUAUCGCCGUUUUGGCUUUUAUUAAGCAACUUUCGGCUUUUAAAAAUGGUGGUGGUGUUAAUUCUAUGUAGUAAACUAUUAAGAAUGUAGUAAUAAACUUUAUUAGGCACCACACAUCAAGUUUUGUUAUGUGUGGUGUUUGUUUCUCAUGCUUAUUAUCCUUCAAUAAAUUGAUGUCUUUUGUUACUCA